AUGAAUUCCGAUCUGGUACUACAUACUGGUGGAUGUCACUGUAAAAAGGUUAGAUGGCGAGUCUAUGCACCAUCAAGCAUUGUUGCAUGGGAUUGUAAUUGCUCUGACUGUUCCAUGAGACGAAACACACACUUCAUAGUUCCCUCGGAGAGAUUUGAACUUAUCGGAGACUCCAAGGAGUUCAUCACAACCUAUACAUUCGGGACUCACACUGCUAAGCACACCUUCUGUAAAGUUUGUGGCAUAACUUCUUUCUACAUCCCACGAUCGAAUCCAGAUGGAAUAUCUGUUACAUUAUGGUGUGUUGAUCCUGGUACGCUAACUCAUGUUGAGAUCAAAUGUUUCGAUGGACAAAAUUGGGAAGGCUCGUACGAGCAAACUGGCAUUGCUUCUUGUUCAAAGACAACAGAUGAAGAAGACUCAAAAUGAUAUCGACCUUUUUGGUUUGAAAAGACAGAAGCAUAAUGUAGCACUUGAUGAACCUUUAGUAAAUCGAUGAGAUCAUGAACAACAUUAGAAGCUGGUUGUUGAUAAUCAUCUUCUCUUAUCUAUUUUUCACAAAUCUGUAUUGUUGUUAUAAGUUGAUAUCUAUAUGCUCCAAUAUACUCUUCA